CUUCCCAGAGCGCAAUGAUCUGGGCAAAGGGCGGCGGUAGCAGCCCCAACAGCAGCCUCGGCCGGCGCCUCCUGAGGGCUCUAGCCAAUCUGCCCCCACGCACCAUGCAGACCCCCUGCCUGCGGAGCCCGCAGCGCAGCCCCUGCUGCCUCCCCGGCCCCUGCUAACCCACGAGGGCGUAGCAUUGAUUGCGGGGACCUGCCGCACGCGUGGUGCCCGGGGUGAAGCGGAACCGCGGUGUGCUUGAGGCCCACGCUCAGCACUUCGCUUUCUCGCUUCGAGCCCCUCCUGCCCGCUCGGGGCGCCCAGCGGCGAUGGGGGCGCUGGCGCUCUGCCUCCUAUUAGGCUGGCUGCGCUGGGGCCCAGCGGGCGCCCAGCAGUCCGGGGAGUACUGCCACGGCUGGGUGGACGUGCAGGGCAACUACCACGAGGGUUUCCAGUGCCCGGAGGACUUCGACACGCUGGACGCCACUAUCUGCUGUGGCUCCUGCGCGCUUCGUUACUGCUGCGCCGCAGCCGACGCCAGACUGGAGCAGGGAGGCUGCACCAACGACCGCGGUGAGCUGGAGCACCCGGGCAUCACAGCGCAGCCCGUGUAUGUCCCUUUCCUGAUCGUCGGCUCCAUCUUCAUUGCAUUCAUCAUCCUGGGCUCUUUAGUGGCUAUUUAUUGUUGCACCUGUUUGAGACCCAAGGAGCCCUCGCAGCAGCCCAUCCGCUUCUCACUCCGCAGCUAUCAGACAGAGACCUUGCCCAUGAUCUUGACCUCCACAAACCUCAGGGCACCUUCUAGGCAGUCCAGCACAGCCACCAGCUCCAGCUCCACGGGUGGCUCCAUCCGUAGGUUCUCCUUCGCCAGGGCUGAACCUAGCUGCCUUGUGCCUUCACCACCCCCACCUUACACUACCGGCCAUCCAAUCCACCUGACCCAACCGUCAGGUUUCCUGGUGUCACCCCAAUAUUUUGCCUACCCACUUCAACAGGAGCCCCCACUGCCUGGGAAGAGCUGUCCAGACUUCAGUUCCAGUUGACAGGUCAUGGCCAAGAACCCACCACAGUAAAAUGGCAGACAGAUGGCACACUGCUGUCAUUGCCACACUCAUUUCUGAGGACUUUUACCUGGUAUACUUGUCCUGGAAGAGAGUGUUGGGAAAAUACAGCUCCUUCUAGUCUUAAGGUUCCUGGGUCUAAUCGCAGAAGGUCUGGAUUUGCAAACCUGAUGACCAUUGCAUUUCAAUAUAUGCUCCUUUUAUUCAAAAUAUGUAGCAGUUUGACUUUAAAGUUGCAAACUCGCUGAAAAUAUUUCACUGGGUAACUCAGCUAUACUGCCUAGAAAAUGACUACAUGUUCUUUUUUCAUAUGCUUAUCGAGUUGUAAUACAAAUGCAUACGUGAAUAAGGAAGGAAAAAGACCUAAUUGUAAUUAUCAAAGGUUCACUUAAAAAUUAACUAUUAAGUGAAUUGAGGGGGCAGUGAACCAUCUAUUUAUGAUUUGGGGAAUAACCAUAUCAUGAAUAAUAUUAGCAUGAUGAGAACAUUUACUUCUUAAAUUAAUAACUAAAUUUUGUUUAUAGUGAGUUCUUUUCAGAAUACAAGGUUUCAGUAACCACAUGAAGAGUUUAAAGUUUUAAAUAUAUAGACGUUCAUUGUAACACGGAUUCUGCGUAAAAUCGCUUCCCCCUCCCACCGAGGGAAUAUUUAUUGCAGACUUUUUGUUCAGCAACAUUUAGUGUUUAAAUGAAAGUUGGACAAUUGAGUCUUAAAACCUGUAUUUGUAAAAUGAGUUAUGUAUAAAUGUAAAGAUUUGUAAUUUAAUGUAUUUACCACAUUGACGAUACUAAUUAUUUAGUAGUCACACUGUAAUUUUUAUGUUAAUAACAACUGUGGAAUUCAAAGUUUAGCUAUUGCUAUAAUCCUCCCUAAUGUUAUGUAUC